AUGGCACCUAUCCAGCGUAUUUUUGCCAGCGCUCUCGCGAGGAAUUCGCACCUCACCAGCCCGCUCGGAGCGCGCUUCCUGUCCCAGGUGCCGAGCUUCCAGAGAUUCGACGCCAGGCAGCAGCCAAGGCCCACAGCCGCGCAGCUCCCCAAAUCGUUGUACAUCCACCAGAACGGCGUGCAGAAUGCUCUGCUCACGAACUUCGCAAACAGGGGCCACAUGGCGAGUCUCGCGCCAUUCAACAACAAGUUCGGCGCUAGGUACGACGGAGGUAUCGCCACGCUGGGUGCCGCUGUUGCACUGAUGUCUGUUGGAGGAGUCGCUCAGGGUAUUGGAAACCUGUUCGCAGCACUGGUUUCUGGCACGGCCCGCAACCCGUCUAUCAAGGAGGACCUGUUCACGUACACCCUCAUCGGUAUGGGUUUCCUCGAGUUCCUCGGCAUCGUGUGUGUCCUCAUGAGCGCUAUCAUGAUGUACUCGUAA